UGAUAUGUUUUACUUGUUUAACAGUGUUGAAAAACGCUGUCCUGAUGUUGAUUGUUUAAAAGUCAAAACAAACAUGAAAGAAUGAAGUACUGUGUAAUUGAGUAAUUAUAUUUAAUAAAUACUGCACACAAACAGUGUUUGAAAAGACACCUUGUGAAAAAUAAUAAAUAUUAGGGGUUUAUUUGACAGACAUAAACAGAACUUUAAUAAAUAAAAAAACAGAUGUCUACAAAGUUAUUUCAGUUUAAAUCACCUGUCUGUACGACAAAGUUAUGGUGAACGACUGCAUAAAUUGGUGAUUAUGUACAUAAAAUACUACAUAAAAACACUGUAAAACAUAAGAACAGAAGUAAAACUGUUGAUAUGUGACAGGAAAUAACAUUUGUUUCUGUGACUUUUAUUCUUUUAAAAUUAUACAUGAAGGUCCUCAUUUGUCAGAAUGUCCUCAUUACGUAGGUACGGUCUCACUAUCACAAACAAAUAAAAAAGUUAGAAAAGUUUUCUAAGUGUAUUUCAACACUCAAAAAUAAUUUUUUGUCUAAUUUACUUACACAAGUGUCUUAAGUAAUGCAAUGUUUUUCUGUCACGUUGAGUCGAUGUGAAUGAGCUAAAUAACUAGAGUCUGAUUAAAUUAAUAUGGACAAUUUCUACAUAAAGUGUUCUUUCAGUUUGGCCUUUUGGUAAUCGAGCUUUGAUUAAAGGCAGUUUGAACACAAACGUAGGAGAACAUUUUACGAAAUCACUGAAAACAAUCCAAACUUCAGAGCAGUGACAGAACACAGACACGUCUUAUCUUUGCAGCAUGAUGUUUGAACUGGAGCUCUGUUGAAGGUGAAUCGACCCACAGUCCUGUUUGUGUUUGUGUUUGUGUUUGUGUUUGUCUGUCUGCAGUGUGUGUGAGGCUGAAGCAGCAGAAUCAAGAUGGCCGACAGCACCACAGUAAGGCCUACAAAAGGCAAAAAUGUCGAGUGAGAAAAGAUGUCCCUCUGUGUUCAGAUGAUGACUGGGUCUCUAAAUGUCCCUCUGGCUGCAGACUCCAGGGUUUGAUCUCACAGAUGGAGCACGAGGUGGAAAGAAAGCUGAGGAAGGUGUGUGACACAGCAAAGACUUACGAAGACGUGGCUGAGAAGUCCAUGAAGGCGAUGACGCACAUCUACAACUACAACCGACGAAUCAUAGUCAACAGCUACACUUCAGAGCUGAAGUUCGUGGAACAAGCGGAAAGAUUGGCCAGGAAUCUCACAUCACUACAGAAACGGUCAUUCAGGCUGUCGCGGGAACUCGAUGAGCUGCGCCACAACGCCCAGAAACAAUUGGAGGACUUAUAUCGAACUGAGGUGGACGUUGACAUGACGCUGCGAGCCUGCUCCGGGUCCUGCCGGUCGGCGUUACCGUUCAGCAUUGAUCAUCAGAGUCAUGAAGCGCUCCAGACUGACAUGGGCCAGAUGGACAAGACUCUCACCCAGAGAAUGAAGGCAGGAACACCUCCUCAAGACAUCCCACAUAUCAAGCUGCAGCCUGUAGACUCAGACCUGGCACCAUCCUCCGAGUAUAAAACCAUCCCGACGGUCCGGAGAGAACUAUUGACCCAGUUUGAGGACAUUGGGCAGAACGAGGUGGUUCUGGAGGAGCUGCUGGCGGAGGCUGCAGAUGCGGAGGCUCUUGAUCCUCUGGAGCUGGAGUGAAAGGAUUUGGCUUGUCUUUUUUCCUUCUCAAAAGCACUUUGUAAUUAGGCUUUGAAAGGACCUUUUUCAAUGAACGUAAUUGUUUUUCUUUCUGAUUGAAGAUGUAAAACACACCGUGCUCUUGGAUCGUGCAAACUGUGGGGCCGAUCGCACUCAGAUGGCUGGAUGGUUUUUAGACGUUGAUGAGUUAAAUUUUUUCGUGCAAGUUGCUGAGUCACGCAAUUAUUUUUCUCCAUUAAUCACAUUCAGUCCACUGUUGCGUACUCAGCCCUGCUGUGCAGGCACGAGAUGCGGUUGACACUUUUCAAAGGUGUCAGUUUCAAUAAUUCACAGUCAUUCAGUGUUUGGACAAUAUUUCUCCUCCCCCUCAUUCUUUUUCACCAGUUUCAGAGGCAGAGCGUCACGCCUGCCUGAUGUUGCAGAGAUCCAUUCAUUUUAUAACCUUUUCUAGACAUUUGUGCAGUUUUAGUUUGAAAAUUCUGUUGAAAUGUGUCGUGGCACAGCUGGUGGGAACACGAGCAUUGUCCUGAAUGGCUGCAAUGAGACGGUUCUGGUGGAAUCUGCGGGUUAGAUGCUGAUCACAUCAAGAUUACGUUUUUCUCACAGGUUGUAGACGUUUUAAUUUUUCUCAUGAGAGAUUUUCACCCUCAUAGCUCUCAUACCGGCUCAGCUGCUCUGUGAAUCUUUACCAGGAGUGAGUGUUAACUUUUAGAAUUUCAUCACUUGGUGCAACUCUUGGAAGAUUUAUGGGUUCUGUUUUGGAAUCGUCUGGUUCUGCAGGCCACCAAAAGCUCCUUUUACCUCCGUCCUCGAGGGCACACUCCUCUAUUUUUCCUGUUUCGUUAUUUAUCGGUAUUUAUUUCCUUAAAGAUGAUAUUUGUAAGAAAAGUUGACUCUCUCCUACAAUCCCAGAGGGUCAGUUAUUUGACGAGUUGAGAAUCAGACUCAAAAAUCACCACAUCUUACAAAUAGCACAGAAACAAUUACUUUCAUGCCGUACAGUGAAUUUCUGGAUGCAUUUAAGAUGCUGCCUGUUUUUGUCUGUAAUCUUGUGGUUCACAGAUCACUUAAUAAAUAACUGUUUUGCACAA